CUCGAACUAUCAUCCAAACAUCUCCUAAUUAUCCUAGAUCUAACUUUGAUUUACUUCAAGACAAGAAUCUCCAGCAAAAUCGAAAGGAUAUUAUUUUUGAAGAAACAUAAAAACAAGAAGGCUUGUACAUAUUUGCUGAUAGAGAAGUGAGAACUAAAACAAUGGCACGUCCUUUCAACACCUUUGCUCUAAAGCUACAAGUGCACUGCAAGUAUUGUGCAAGGGAACUGGAAAAAGAGCUGCUAAAAAUUAAGGGGGUUCUUUCGGUGAAAAUCGAUCAAGAACUUGGAAAAGUAAUCAUCUCAGGCAAAGUAGACCCUAAAAAAAUCCUAACCAAGUUUGAAAAGGUUGGGAGAAAAGCAGAACUCUGCUGUGAACAAGAACGACCUCUUAAAGAUAAUAAUGCGCUAUCAAAAGUGAUUGAUCCACUGAAUGAUCCUGACAUUAUGACACAACUAGAGAAAUUUUCUGAUGAUUCCAGUGUUAAAAGCGUGGAGGUGACCAAAACUAUUAAGGUGAUUUUCAAAGGAGAAUCAAGAAACGGCCCUAGUGAAAAAGUUGUGGAGAUUAACACCACCACCAAAAAUGUGAAAGAAACUCAUGAUCAAGUGCUUCCACAUGAUCAUGGUGAUCAUUCCCAUGGUGGGGGACUUUGUGGUGCUUCUUCAUCAUGCUGUGGUAGUCACUCUGCUAUGAGUCAUAAUCUUAAUCAUGGAUGUUGCCAAUAUGGUAAAACUACUUGUUUGGGUCCUAGUUGUGCACAGGGAAGAAACUCAUGUUAUUACCAUAGCCAAUAUGGUAAUAAUACUAGCUCUGGUCCUUGUUGUGCACACAACAGAAACUCAUGUUGUAAUUACCCUUGCCAGUACAGUACUUGUUAUGGUUCUUGUUAUGCAAAUAGGAUUUCUCCAUCAGCAGGGACAAUAUGGACAAAUGAUAAUAUUCCAUCGGCCCCACCUUUGCCAGAUGACUAUUUUCAGGCGCAACCAUCCUUGGCAAUGCCCACUGAUUAUUAUCAGGAACCACCACUGCCACUAUCCUCGGCAAUGCCAGAUGGUUACUAUCAGGCACCACUAUCGCCACCAUCUUUGGCGAUGCCUCACUCAUAUUACAAUUUCUUAAGCGAGGAGAAACUAAAUGGAUGCAUAAUCCUAUGAUUUGCACUUCAUAUUUUUAUUAAAUUAAAAAGAGAGUUUUGUGUGUGUGGGUGUGUGUGGGUGGGGGGGUGGGGGUGUGUGUGUAUAGAGAGAGAGGGAGAGAGACAGAAUCCAAGUGUAGUAGUCAUCCUGUCUAUAAUUACUUUUUGUGUAACUACUUUUGUAAUUUUUGCUACUUGUGUAAGUAUUCUCUCGAGUUAGAUUCUUCAACAUUGUCCAUUACGAA